CGACGCUGAUAAUAAAUCACCACGGUGGAAGUUACGUCUUGUUCUGAGUUGGAUUCGUAAUGGCGAGUCUAUGCUGGAUGCCAGUAUGGUGAAUGCAAGUUCACUGUCAGAGGCUGAACAACUACAGAGAGAACAUGAACAGUUCCAGCUCGCAAUAGAGUCUUUGUUUCACGCUAACUCUCUGCAGAAGACUCAUCAGAGUGCACUACAGGUGCAGCAGAAGGCAGAGCUGAUGUUACAGGCCGGGCACUAUGACCCCGAGGCCAUCCGAAGCUGUGCUGAGAAGGUGGCAGUGCACUGGCAGCAGCUCAUGCUGAAGAUGGAGGACAGACUGAAGCUGGUCAAUGCCUCUGUGGCCUUUUACAAGACAUCCGAACAGGUUUGUAGUGUGUUGGAAAGUCUGGAGCAGGAGUACCGGCAGGAUGAAGAUUGGUGUGGAGCUCAUGAUAAACUGGGGUCUUCAGCAGAGAUGGAUCAUAUUCUUCCACUUAUCAGCAAACACCUUGAACAGAAAGAGGCUUUUCUCAAGGCUUGUACUCUGGCCAGAUGCAAUGCUGAGGUUUUCCUCAAAUACAUCCACCGGAAUAACGUCAGUUCUCAGGGCUCGUCUGGCAACACCCGUGGCCCUGAGCAACAGGUCAAAGCCAUCCUGAAUGAACUGCUGCAGACUGAGAACAGGGUUCUGCAUUUCUGGACGAUGAAGAAGCGAUGUUUAGAUCAGUGUCAUCAGUAUAUAGUGUUUGAACGCAGUGCCAAACAGGCAUUAGAGUGGAUAGAGGAGGCUGGAGAGGUCUACCUCACCACGCACACCAGCCCUGGAGACUCAGUGGAGAAAACUCAGGAACUGCUGAAAGAAUAUGAAGAGUUCCGCAUCUCCGCCAGGCAAACUAAGGAGAAAGUGAAGAUGUUGAUCCAGUUGGUAGAUAAUUUUGUGGAGAAGGGAUACAUGCAUGUCACAGAGCUGAAGAAAUGGGUGUCGACAGUGGACAAGCGUUACAGGGAUUUCUCCCUGCGUAUGGGCAAAUAUUGCAGUCUGGAGAACACGCUGGGCAUUAGUUCUAAGGAUAAUAAGGAGAUGGAGUUGGAUAUCAUUCCUGCCAGUCUGACUGACACCGAGGUCAAAUUGCGUGACCCCAACCAUGAGGUGAAUGAGGAGAAGAGGAAAUCAGCCCGCAAGAAAGAGUUUAUAAUCGCAGAGCUGUUACAGACAGAAAAGGCCUAUGUGAGGGACUUAAAUUAAUGUUUAGAGACAUAUCUUUGGGAGAUGACCAGUGGAGUGGAGGAAGUACCUUCAGGAAUUGCCAAUAAAGAACACAUCAUCUUCGGAAACAUUCAAGAGAUUUACGACUUCCACAAUAAUAUAUUUCUAAAAGAGCUGAUCAAUUAUGAGCAGUUACCAGAGGAUGUGGGCCAUUGCUUUGUCACAUGGGCUGAUAAGUUUAAUGUUUAUGUCACAUAUUGCAAAAAUAAACCGGAUUCAAGUCAGCUCAUUCUGGAACAUGCUGGGAGUUUUUUUGAUGAGAUACAGAAAAGACAUGGUCUGACCAACUCUAUAUCAUCAUACCUCAUCAAACCUGUGCAGAGAAUCACCAAAUACCAGCUGCUGCUCAAGGAGCUGCUGUCCUGCUGUGAAGAGGGCAAAGGUGAAAUUAAAGAUGGUCUGGAGGUCAUGCUGAGUGUGCCAAAGAGAGCCAACGAUGCCAUGCAUCUCAGCAUGCUAGAGGGUUUUGAUGAGAAUCUGGAUGUCCAUGGUGAACUCAUUCUGCAGGAUACCUUCCAGGUGUGGGACCCCAAAUCGCUGAUCCGUAAGGGACGAGACCGACACCUCUUCCUGUUUGAGAUCUCCCUCGUCUUCAGCAAAGAGAUUAAAGACUCGGCGGGACGAUCGAAAUACAUCUACAAGAACAAACUACUGACGUCUAACAUGGGUGUCACAGAGCAUGUGGAGGGCGAACCAUGUAAAUUUGCUCUCUGGGUUGGCCGCACACCCUCAUCAGACAACAAAACUGUCUUAAAGGCAUCCAGUAUAGAGGUGAAGCAAGAGUGGAUCAAGAACAUUCGUGAGGUAAUUCAGGAAAGAAUCAUUCACCUGAAGGGGGCACAAAAGGAGCCAAUCUAUGCUCCCAAAACCCCUGUCAAACCCCGCAACAACAGCAAGAGGGAUGCCGGUGAAGAUGCAGACAGUCAGGGUGAUGGCAGCAGUCAGCCAGACACCAUCUCCAUUGCCUCCAGAACCUCUCAAAACACUGUGGACAGUGACAAGCUCUCUGGAGGAUGUGAGUUGACAGUAGUCAUGCAGGAUUACGUGUCAGGCAUUGCAUCUGAGCUCAGUAUCCAGACUGGUCAGACCGUGGAGCUGUUAGAGCGGCACAGUGAGCGCCCGGGCUGGUGUCUGGUGCGGACCACAGAUCGAACCCCUCCUCAGGAGGGACUGGUUCCCAGCAAUGCUCUGUGUAUCUCUCACUCUCGCAGCAGUGUGGAGAUGGACUGCUUUUUCCCAGCAGGCAAAGAGAACUAUGCUGUUAGCGGUCCUGAAGGGAAGACUGAGUCCGUGACCACGUUGCAGCCGCAGACGUCACUUAACUCCCUGCAGAGCAGUUCACCGGGUCCCAAGCGCUCUGGGAAUACACUGAAGAAGUGGCUGACCAGCCCUGUCCGGCACCUCAGUCACGGCAGCAACAUUAAGAAGAUCCCCAGCAAACAGAAGCAGAAAAGAGAUGGACGCAAGAGCAUCGACCUGGGGCCACCCGAACUACAGGAUGACACUCUAGAGGAGAAAGUGUGUAAAGAAGAGGGAACACUCUCCAAAUCUUCUUUAGGCAUGCACAGCGGAGGAGAGGAGGAACCUGAGGACGAGUCGCACACCCCGCUGCCUCCACCCAUGGAGAUCAUCAAAGACCCCUCCGCUCAAGAAGAAAAGUCAUCUGUGAUUUUGGCUUCUCGACAGUACUCGGUUGAUGUCCCCAGCGCUGCUGAGCUUGUCAGUGCUAUAGAGAAACUGGUUAAAUCUAAGAUGACGCUGGAGUCGGGGUCUUACCUAGGAAUUAGUUUAGCAAACACAGCAGACCAGAGCCCAACGCCACCCAGAAACCCUGAACUGGAACAGAAAGCCAAAGCACUGCGGGGACGAAUGUUUGUUCUGAAUGAAUUAAUUCAGACAGAACAAGACUAUGUGAAGGAUUUAGGUAUCGUGGUGGAGGGUUUUAUGAAGACAAUGGAGGAGAAAGGAGUUCCUGAUGAUAUGAAAGGAAAAGACAAGAUCGUCUUUGGAAAUAUACACCAAAUCUAUGACUGGCACAAAGAUUUCUUUGUGGGUGAACUGGAAAAAUGUCUUGAAGAUCAUGAAAAGCUACCCAGACUGUUCAGUAAACAUGAAAGAAGACUACACAUGUAUGUGAUUUACUGCCAGAACAAACCCAAAUCUGAAUUUAUUGUUGCAGAGUAUGAUUCAUACUUCGAGGGGAUUCAGCAAGACAUCAACUCCAGACUAAGCAUCAGUGAUUUCCUCAUUAAGCCCAUUCAGAGAAUCACCAAAUACCAACUGUUAUUAAAGGACUUCUUGAAAUACAGCUCAAAGGCUGGACUGGAUUGUCAGGAUAUAGAGAAAGCAGUAGACCUGAUGUCCCAGGUGCCCAAGCUGUGCAAUGACAUGAUGAACCUUGGAAGACUGCAAGGAUUUGAGGGUAAGUUGACGAGUCAGGGAAAGCUCCUGCAGCAGGAGACGUUCUUUGUGACGGAGCAGGAUUCAGGCGUUUUGUCCCGGAGUAAAGAGCGCAGAGUCUUCCUCUUUGAGCAGAUCGUCAUCUUCAGUGAGCUUUUACGCAAAGGCUCGUCCACGCCAGGAUAUCAGUUUAAAAAGAGCAUCAAGGUGAGCUACCUUGGUCUAGAAGAGCACGUUGAAAAUGACCCGUGUAAGUUUGUGCUGUCGUGUCGCGGGUCAGCGGAGCAUUUUACUCUACAGGCGGCGAACACAGACAUCAAACAGCUGUGGAUUCAACACAUCACUGAUCUACUGGACUUACAGAGCAAUUUCCUGUCUGCUCUGCAGUCUCCCAUCGAGUAUCAGAAGGAGCGGAGCGGCUCUCAGUCUCUGACCCGUAACUCAUCCAGCAGUGGGCGUGCAGGUCAGUCCAACAGCCGGCCCAGCUCUACUGCAUCACUGGGAGCAGAUAAACCCACUCUGUCUGGACGGAGCUCCACCCCACUGAAGCUAACUACCUCGAACGGCAGCUCCUGCCAUGACUUAUACCACUCCCCCAGGCAACGCGACGGUGUGGGUUGUAAUGGUACAUCCUCCUUGAUGGUGACUCAGGACUAUAAUGCACUGAAAGAAAAUGAGAUCUGUGUCACGCAGGGUGAGACUGUGCAGAUACUGGCCACUAACCAGCAAAACAUGUAUCUGGUGUACCGUCCCGCUAACAGCCAAUCACCAGCAGCUGAGGGCUGGGUGCCGGGACACGUCCUGGGCCCGGUCAUAAAACCCCUCAUAGACACUACUGCAGACUCAAACAUCAAGUAAGUGUCAAUCAACACUAACUGGAACUCUGAUUGGAUUGCUUAAAGACUUUAAAUAUGUUGAGCUUUUUUUUUUUUUUUCUGGGCUGAAUGUAAAAAAAGCAAAGAAAGAAAGAAAUUUAGUUUUUUAGACUUUUGCAAGGAAUCUUACAUCAGUGUGGAAACGGACACAUCUGGACACCAAUUUCAGUUCCUAACAACCUGUUUUUUAUUGUUUCUUUGUUUUUUGUUGAUAUAUUUCUUGUAAUUUUCUUAAUGAAAGAUAAAAAAGAAAGAGAGAAAGGAAAGACCUUGUGAAGGAAUUGGCCUGUUUCUCGUCACGGAGAACAUUCUGUAUUGUCUAUGGCAAUUUUCUAUAAGUUGUUUAUUUGUUUGAAUUGUAUUUUUGUAUAGUAUUUUUUUCUCUCUCUUUUUGUUACGUUUUUUUUUUUUUUUCUUCUACAGUAUCACAUCGGCCACUUAAUGUAAAUACUGUUGGUUUGUUUGCUGUUUCUAGCACAUUCCUGUAAAGAGCAUUUUGCACUAUUUAACUGAACCCUUAUUAAUAAGUCAGGUUUGUGCAAUAGAACUACAGUUGCAAUGUUGUAGUGUAACUAAUAAUUUUAAAUGUAUUAUAUUAAAAUUGUAAAAUAAAAUGUUGACAUGCGAUGGCUUAACAUGACUUAGUCCAGUGAAUCCUGUAUUAUUUUGACUUUUUUCAUGUUUUCUAACGCUAAUUGAAAGUAAAUGCUAAUACUAGUUAAAUGUAUUAACAUUUUCAGACCUUUUAAGAAGUCCCAAAUCUCAUUUGAAAUAUAGAAAUGGUGCACCUUAUUUUGAUUUAUUAAUUUAAUUUCCUUAUUUUCAUAAUGUAGUGUGUAGAACAUUUAUUUUGUGUUUGUACUAACCUCACCGGUCCUUGACAGUAAAGGUUUGUGUGUGAAGCAGUUUGUGCUGUGAGUUCAAAUGAUAAACUUUUAGCCAAAUGUGUUUAAAUUGAAGCUUCUGCUCUUACACAAACUGUGUGUCCACUUUGGUGUAAGUACGUAUAU